GCACCGCAGGUCCCUGAGGCUCUGAAGGAACUGGCGGAAGCGACCUUUACAAGAUGGCGGCCGAGGCGGACGGGCUGCUCAAACGGGUGCUGGUGCCGAUUCUUUUACCUGAGAAAUGCUACGACCAAUUUUUCGUCCAGUGGGAUUUGCUUCACGUCCCCUGCCUGAAGAUUCUCCUCAGCAAAGGCCUGGGGCUGGGCAUUGUAGCUGGGUCGCUGCUGGUGAAACUGCCUCAGGUGUUUAAAAUCCUCGGAGCCAAGAGUGCGGAAGGGCUGAGCCUGCAGUCAGUCAUGCUGGAACUAGUGGCAUUGACUGGGACCAUGGUCUACAGCAUUGUCAACAACUUCCCCUUCAGCUCUUGGGGUGAAGCACUAUUCCUGAUGCUCCAGACAGUCACCAUCUGCUUCCUGGUCCUGCACUACAGAGGACAAACUGUGAAAGGUGUGGCUUUCCUAGUGUGUUACGCUCUGGUACUGCUGAUACUGCUUUCACCACUGACGCCCCUGGCCGUGAUCACCAUACUCCAGGCCUCCAAUAUGCCUUCUGUGGUGGUGGGGAAGCUGCUCCAGGCAGCCACCAACUACCGCAAUGGGCACACGGGCCAGCUCUCGGCCAUCACAGUCCUUUUGCUCUUUGGGGGCUCCCUGGCCCGAAUCUUCACCUCCAUUCAGGAAACUGGAGAUCCCCUCAUGGCUGGAACCUUUGUGGUCUCUUCCCUCUGUAACGGCCUUAUUGCUGCCCAGCUUCUCUUCUACUGGAAUGUAAAGGCUCCUCACAAGAAGAAAAAAGAGUAGUAGGGCUGAUCCGGCUACUAGAGUCCAUUCCAUGUUUCUAUUCAUCCACCUAAUCUCAGGGUCUUUCUGAGCCAGCCUACUGGUGUGACUUUUAAUCAUUCCCCAUUUCUCUGCAGAUGCAACUUCUUGAGCCAGCAUUUGUGUUUCCGUGGAAAGGCAUAGAUGGUAGACCCAAUCCUUAGAAAGGAAUUGGGGUAGAGAUUUUCAGGCUGACAUGAUAUUGAUUGUGCACUGUCCUAAUUUAACCAUUUGCUGAACUUCUUUUAGCAAUUUCUAGCUACUUACCUCUCCUGGGCAAAAGUCUUGCCUGCCCUCCCAUCUCCCCACUUUCCUUUUGGCUUUAAGAGGACAAAGCCUGGACAGUGCAAGGGACUAGGGGCUUAUGGCUGCCUCCCUCCCCCAGCCUGGCUGGGACUGUCUCCUGGACCCCAGUGCUGGGUGGGAGGCAGGGGAAGGGGGAUGGAGAAUGACUCAGUCAGGGCCCCAGGGUGGGGUGAGGAGGUUCCUGCUCUGGCAGGUUCAGGCAAAAGGGAGUGGAGAUGAUGCUGGUUCCUGUUGUAGUGAGGGGGAACAGAGAUGGGGCAAUAAAGACGCAGAGACAUGGCUUAAUUGUA